AAGCGUCCGGACUGGAAGGGGGUGAAAGUGUCUGGACUGGAAGGGGGUGAAAGUGUCUGGACUGGAAGUGGGUUAAAGUGUCCGGACUGGAAUUGGGUGAAAGUGUCCGGACUGGAAGUGGGGGUAAAAGCGUACGGACUGGAAGGG